CUGCCCAUCCGUACAUAACUAAUCUGUUAUCUUUAUCUUCAAGGAUUUUUUUUCUUUUUUUGUCCUUCCUGUGCGUGACAUGGCUAUCUCCUCACUAUCACCUGUGAAAGACUGUUAUCUUUGCUCUUCUUCUUUAAAAGACUCGGUUGUAUUAAGAUGCUCUCACAGUUUGUGUAAAAGCUGCGUACAUAGCUACUGGGAGUUCAACAAGACUCUGGGUUGUCCUGUUUGUUUGAUGGAGACUCACUGUUCUGUGAUUCUGCAGGAUUUGAGUCUUUAUCACUUUUCAGAUGGCAACAACAUCAAACCAAAUCAUGUGAAGAAUGCAGAAAGUAAGAUGAGGGAGCAGUCAAGUGAAACCAGGGAUGAGGAGGUCGAUACAGAUGUGAUGCUGCGGCAGAAUAAAUGUGAAGAGGAACCUCCUGUUACUUCACUGAGGUCCAACCUGUGCCCAAAAUGUGGCAAGAGCUUCAAAAGAAAAUCUGACCUGAGAGCCCACGAGAAGGUGCACAUCUUAAAAAGGCCGCACAAGUGCUCCACCUGUGGAAAGAGUUAUGCUGGCAAAUAUAGGCUCGCUUUACACAUGCGUCUGCACACAGGUGAGAAUCUGUUUAACUGCUCUUACUGCAACAAAAAGUUCACUCAAGAGAUGUCUUUGAGGUCCCACUUAAGGAGCCACGGAGGGGAAAAGCCGUUCACUUGUUCUCAAUGUGGGAAAAGUUUUUCUGUAAAAAGUACCCUAAAAAAUCACCUGCGGGUGCAUGCUGGUAAUCUGCCUCAUCAGUGUGAUCAUUGCGGAAAGCUUUUCAACACUUCAGCAGCAAUGAGACUGCACAAGCCGACCCACACCGGCGAAAAGCCUUUUCCAUGUCCACAAUGUGACAAAGGGUUUAUAACAAAGGAUGAGCUGAAGAUUCACCUGAAUUGCCAUUUGGGGAUCAGACCAUUCAGCUGUUCAGUGUGUGGGAAGAGUUUCGUAACGAAGCAGGUACUUAACACUCAUCAGGUCGUUCACAAGGACGACCGCCCCUUUCACUGCACACAGUGCGAGAAAAGCUUCAAAAGGAUGAGCCAUCUGACAUCACACAUAAAGACCCACAGCUCUGACACCCCUUACAAGUGCACCUACUGCAGCAAAUCCUUUAAACUUCCCUUCUACCUAAAACUGCAUGAGAGUAUUCACAGCGAAGAGAAGCCUUACACCUGUGAGCAGUGUGGAAAAAGCUUUCGUUUAUCAGGUGAUUGCACCAAACAUCAGGCUGUACAUUCAGAGGAAAAACGGUACAAGUGCUCAAUCUGUGAUAAGAGGUUUCGCUAUAGCAGUUACUUGAGGGACCACCAAGUCAUUCACUCUGAGGACAACCCUUACCGCUGUGAGAAGUGUGGAAAGAGCUUUAACCAAAAAUACUUCAAAAUUCAUCAAGACGUUCAUGCAGGGAUUAAAGUCUACAAAUGCUCUGAGUGUGGAAAAUGUCUGAGCUCGGCAAGUAGCUUGAAGUUGCACAUGGAGCAACACUUUGAAAAGAAAAUGUACCACUGUGGUGAGUGCGAGAAGAGUUUUAGAUCAGUGGCAUACCUGAGGAAGCACCAGAAGAUGGCGCACAUUGAUGAGAAGCUCUAAAUAAUACCAAAGGGAUACUGGUUACUCACCAGCUGCAACAUUCAGGAGAGAUGGAGCACACUUGCUCCCAUUGCGUGAUAUGAGACGAUUCACUCUUUGAUUCACUCACGAUUCAGAAGAGAGACCUUAUGAUACUCAGUUUGGUAAAGAAUUUGUUAGGAGCCACCAUCUAAAACAUCAUCAUCA